CUCCCUUGCGUCUCCAACAUAAACAAAUUUUAUUCUGACAUUUACAAUUUAGUGAUUAUUAUAAUGUAGAUGGGACUGGCAUGCACAAGACCUGAUAUUAACAAUGUCAUAGACUUUCCACAAAAAAUAUUGUUGCUCGGGAAAAGCGGCGCAGGUAAAACAAGCUUGCUGUAUGGUUGGAAGCUAGGGUGUGAUUCUGUCAUAAAACCAAUACCUACAGAGGAUUUUAAUGUUGAGAAGAUUGAACAUAAAGGACAAAUCUACAUAGUAUGGGAUUUGAGUGGUGCUCCCUAUUACCAUCCAAGAUGGAGACAGUUUUACCAUGGAACUAAUGUGUUAGUUAUAGUCGUGGACAGUAGUGAUAAAGAUGUUAUGAAAUCACUGAGGGAAGAUGUCACCUCCAUUCUACAGGAGAGAGAUUUAGAUGACAUUCCAUGUGUACUUAUACUCAAUAAAUCUGACAUAACUGAUGAGAAACCAGAAGCAAUGGAGAAGACUAUAGACUUUCCAAGUUCACCUAAUCUUCAUGUUAUCUCCUGCUGUGCCAAAGAUGACAAAAGUUGUAAAGCUGCUUUAGAAAAAAUAUCUGAUGUGUGUAGGAAUUCAAAACGUUUAGAACAAUAGAUGAAGUUUAUCGCUAUAAUCAAAGCACAUUGUUUAUUAUAUUGAAAGAACCUUAAAAUACUCAAUGUAUAAGAUCUGUAAUUUGUCUUUUUAAUUAGUUUAUAUUUCAAAUCUAUUCAAAAAAUUAAAAAUAAGUUAAGGGCUCAUCCAGAAUAAAACACAUAUGUAAGGCCUUGGGAGGCUUUUUUUACUCCCACUUAUCAAUUUUGGAACAGCUCCCAAAUAAUAGUCAUCAAUGAGUUGUGUAUAAAUAUUAAAGCAUUUAGUGUAAUCUUUAAACUUAAAAAUAUUAUAAAA